AUGAGAUUGUCUCUUCCAAUCAACACUCUUAUAAAUCUCCCGAGACCUCUUCUUCUGAUUUCCCGUUCUCGCUACCGUUAUUCUGGCCGUUCGCUAACCGUCGCGUUUCGUACUUCACCGCUUCUUCCUCCUGUUUCCGGUGCUGUGUCUCCUGGUCUGUGCUGUUGCUGGUUCUCGACGACGAAGGCGAUGACGACGACUGUUGGUGGGGAUGAGGAGAAGCGGUCGGUGAUCUCAGUCGAGUUGAAGGAGAAUAUCGAUCUCACUGAGAAAGAGAAGAAGAUUUUCGAUCGGCUUCUCGGUACUCUCCGGUUUUGCAACCUCGACACUCAGCUUCGCGUCGCCGGUGGCUGGGUGCGAGAUAAGCUUCUAGGGAGAGAUAGUGAUGAUAUUGACAUAGCAAUCGACAAUAUGUAUGGAAGUGAGUUUCUUGAUAAGCUCAAGGAAUAUUUAUCUUCUAGAGGCGAAGAAGUACAAGGCGACACUAUCAUUGAAAGGAAUCCUGAACAAUCCAAACAUUUGGAGACUGCAAAGAUGCGCAUUUAUGACCAGUGGAUAGAUUUUGUUAAUCUGAGGAGUGAAGAAUACGCAGAAGAUAGCCGGAUUCCUACGAUGAAAUUUGGCACUGCAGAAGAGGAUGCGUAUAGGAGAGACUUAACCAUAAACAGCUUGUUCUACAACAUUAACACUGGCUCAGUAGAAGAUCUUACAGAACGAGGCAUCAGUGACCUCAAAUCCGGACGAAUUGUUACACCAAUGCCUGCAAAAGCUACGUUUCUGGAUGAUCCUUUACGAGUUCUCCGGGCUAUUCGAUUUGGUGCAAGAUUUGGUUUUGCGCUUGAUGAAGAACUAAAACAAGCUGCUUCAAGUGAGGAAGUAAGGGUAGCUCUUGGAGAAAAAAUUAGCAGAGAGCGGAUCGGGAAUGAAAUCGAUUUGAUGAUAUCUGGGAAUGGACCAGUUUCGGCAGUAACGUAUCUUUCUGAUUUGAAACUAUUUAGUGUUGUCUUUGCCACUCCGUCUUCAUCUGAGCCUGCACCAUCAGAGAAUUGUGGCAGCCUCUGCCAAGCCUACUUGGAAGCUAUGUGGAACCUCAUUCAAACACCCGCGCUAGGAAAGUUCAGUGCUGAACAAAGAAGGCUUGCUCUGUAUGCUGCACUGUUUAUCCCCUUCAGGAAGACCGUUUACAAAGACAAUAAGGGCAAAUUGAUUCCUGUUGUCAACCACAUCUUCAAAUUCUCCAUGAAGCGAAAGACCAGUGAUGCUGAUACGGUCAUAAAUAUUCAUCGCACCACAGAGAGAUUCCUCUCGUUGAUUCGUCCCCUUCAGUCGAAGAAUGACGCACAACUGGACAAGCUUGAUUGGGCCCCUGAUGUUCUUGAGCACUGGAAGUCCAUCUCCCUUGAUGAUCCAGAAGUCCCAGCAUCUUCGAAGAUAAGAGUACUCACAGGGUUUCUUCUCAGAGAUAUCAAAGACUUCUGGCGUGUUGCACUCUUGACAUCUUUGUUGUUGAGUACGGUUGAUGGCAUGAACGAAGAUCAAGAAAUCGGGCACCUGGACUUCCAACUGGACAAGUUGCGAGAAAGUUAUCUAACAAUCGAGGAAACCAUCCGUGAACUGGGUCUUGAUAACAUAUGGGACGUAAAGCCUCUGGUGAAUGGCAAGGAGAUCAUGCAAAUUGCGGAGGUUAGCGGAUCCCGCAUCCGUGAAUGGCAACAGAAAAUUAUCACAUGGCAGCUAGCUUAUCCCAAUGGCUCUGCAGAUGAAUGCAAGGAUUGGAUGAAAGAAAUCAAAGCAAAACGACAACGGACUGAGUGA